AUCGUCGAGUACGAGGCAGAGAUCGAUCGACAGCGCAGACUGCUGGACAUCAUUCAGAAACCUCACAUCGACAUACGCAGAAUAGGUAAAGUUAGGAAUUGGGAAGAUCCUUCAUCACAACAGAGGGAAAACGAUUUCCGGGUCAGUCGAGGCGAGAGGACGCAUGGGUGUGCAAUAUUUAGUAAUGAGAAGGACCCUGGCUGCCAGUCUCCUGGAAUAGUAUGAACUGAGUAAAUGAAAUAUGUCCCACAGCAACAUGCUUGUAAAGAGGAGGAUGUUGUGGCUGACCAGCAGCUCUGUAACCAGGAGAGGAACUUCAGUCUGGACCAAGAGGAGCCAGAGCCUCUCCAGGUAAAGGAGGGACAGGAGGAACUCUGCAGCAGUGAAGAGGUAGAGGAGAUCACUGUGAAGCAGGAGACUGAGACAUUCAUGUGGACUCCUACUCAUGAGGACCGUGACUACAGUGAACCUGAACAACAAAAUGAACAGAAUGUCCUCUCUGAUAGCUCUGAUGUUCCUGAGAAUCAAGACCCCCCAAAAAACAAGCACAGUGACUCAAAAUCAAGAGUGACGUCAGAACCAACACAAAAGAGAAGACGUAGAAAGAGAAGAAUAGGGAAAACCAAAAGACUAGAGAUGUAUUGUAAUCCUCAUCAAAGUCAAAAGUCUUUAGAAUGUGACACAUGUGGUGAGGAAUUUAAGAAUAAGUCAGCAUUAAAGACACAUGAACGUGUCCACGAUGGUAAGGAGACACAUUCAUGCAAGUUUUGUGGGAAGAUGUUCAGCUACAAGUAUGAUUUGACUAAACAUACAAGAUCCCACACAGGUGAGAGGCCAUUUUCAUGCAACACAUGUGGGAAAAAUUUCCGUUUAAGCAAUGUAUUGAAGGAUCACAUGCGGACACACACUGGUGAAAAACCUUUUUCCUGUAGUACAUGUGGAAAAGGAUUCUCUAAGAAGGUCCAUUUGAAUACUCAUUAUAUAGUGCAUACACAUGAAAAGCCAUUUACAUGUGAAACAUGUGGCAAAACCUUCAAACAUAAAACUGGGUUGAAAGUUCACAUGAGAACACACACAGGUGAAAAGCCGUACUCCUGUGCUACCUGUGGGAAAACAUUUAUUCAAAAAAGUAUUUUGAAUCAACAUGGGAGAAUUCAUACAGGUGAAAAACCAUAUUCUUGCAACACAUGUGACAGGUCUUUUAUAAACAGUAGUGUCCUGACUGAUCAUAUGAGAAGAGCUCACACAGGUGAGCGUCCAUACCUUUGUAAGACUUGCGGGAAAAGAUUUUUUACCUCAUCUAAUCUUUUACAACACAUGAAAACCCAUGCAGACAAGUAGCCAUGUGUACACAGAUGUGGUGGAGAUGAUUGAGUUUGUAAAAUGGCUGCAUCUCUGUAUUAAACAUGAAACAGUUUUGCUUUGGGAGGAGGUUCUCUGUGCCUUAGUGCCGUUCAGAUGUAUUUUAAUUAUGGUUUUGCCUUUAAUUUCCCUUUAUUGUAUUUUUGAUGUAAGUGCUGUGUCUGACUUUGCAUGAACAUGUCACCUAUGUAUGUUUUUUUCUUGUUUUGCCUGGCUGCAAAGCAAAUUUCCCUUAGAAGAAAAAAAAGGUUAGUGUAAAGAUGCUGCUCAUUUUCACGACUUUCUGCCAAAAUCAAUGCCUCAUUAUUGAGCUUUUAACAAAAAGUACCUCUAUUAUAUUUUCUUUUUUACUGUUAAUAAACCUCAGCCAUUGGAGGACUGAUCACGAUAAAGUUUUGUAAGUGUAAAUGGUCAUGUAUAUCUUGGACAGCACUGAUGCACAAGGUUUCCCCAUAGA